AAUUAGAUUCAAGGGAGGGAUUAGAAGGAUGAGCAGGCCGGAGCACUUUGUGCUGGUGCAUGGGGUUGGCCACGGAGCAUGGUGCUGGUUUAAGGUCCGGUGCCACCUCGAGAGUGCUGGCCACAAGGUCUCCUGCCUCGACAUGCUCGGCCACUCUGACCCCAACUCCAUCCUCUGCAUCCAACACUACGACGCCCCUCUCCUUGAUUUCAUGUCGCACUUGAACGAAGACGAGAAGGUGGUUUUGGUGGGUCACAGUGCAGGAGGGCUAAGCUUAACCCAUGCAAUGCAUGCCUUCAAAAGUAAAAUCAAGCUAGCAAUCUUUGUCGCUGCCACUAUGCUUCCAUGGGGAUAUCACACUGAAGAAGACAUCAAAGAUGGAGUUCCAAACUUGUCGAGGUUUGGAGAUGUUUACGAACUCACUUUCAACUCGGGGCCUGACAAUCCUCCCACGAGCGUGGCAUUACGAAAGGAAUUCCAGAGGAGCAUUCUGUAUCAGUUGAGCCCCGUCGAGGCAAUUAAUCAGAAACACACUUUUUAUUGAAAUGAUGAAAUCUACUGCAUUUUUAAUUUGUUUCUCUCUUUCAAACAAUAUUUGUACGUAAGAUAAUCAUACUUACGAACACCGUCUGUGGCUCAUCAGGACUCCACUUUGGCUUGCAUGCUGCUGCGGCCAUGGCCGGCUUGCAUCGCGCGCGCACAGUACGACAGAGAGGGAGAUGUGAAAGACAUCAGGCGAGUGUAUAUAAAGACGAGCUAUGACAACAUGGUGAGCCCGGAGCAGCAAGACGGCAUGAUACGGCGAUGGCCGCCGGACGACGUGCUAGUGAUAGACAGCGACCACAGUCCGUUCUUCUCUGCUGCUGCUCAACUGUCGCAGUUAAUCAUCAAGGCGUCCCUCGCUACUGAAAAUUAAUUAGUGAACUACAGAUUGUGCAAAUGCAUUAAUAAUCCAAAGUCCAAACAUAAUUAACAAUAAGAUUAAUGCAUGAUCAUACCAAGUUCCUCCGAACAUUUUUCACCAAUAUGCAAGCAAUCUUACUCUCUA